GGCCGCGGCCGGGGGGCGGCGUCCCCCCUCAAAAUCGCCUGCAAAGUGCUCGGGGCUGCAGAACCAGGCCGCCGGCUCCGCGGAGCAAGCCGCUCGCCCCGGGGCUGAGAGCGCGCGGGGGUCUGUCGGGCAGCGCCGCGGUUGCUGGUGGGCGCCGGUGCCCUCGGCGCGGGGCUCGGGCUCACCAUGCCCCUGCGGGGCCAGGCCGCCGGGCACAAGCGGAUCCCGGGCUUGCCCCCGCCUCGACGCGCUCGGAUUAGCUGCAGCCGGCGCCCAAGAAUUUGAAUCUGAACCCCGGGAGGGAGUGCGUCUAGGCCGACCUCGGAGUGGCAGCCCCGCGGCCAACAUGCUUCGCAAAGGGUGCUGUGUGGAACUGCUACUUCUGCUGCUGGCCGGGGAGCUGCCCCUGGGUGGCGGCUGCCCGCGGGACUGUGUGUGCUACCCGGCACCCAUGACGGUCAGCUGCCAGGCUCACAACUUCGAUGCCAUCCCUGAGGGCAUCCCGGAGGACAGCGAGCGCAUCUUCCUGCAGAACAACCGCAUCACCCUCCUCCAGCGGGGCCACUUCAGCCCCGCUAUGGUCACCCUGUGGAUCUACUCCAACAACAUCACCUUCAUUGACCCCAGAACCUUUGAGGGCUUCGUGCACCUGGAGGAGCUGGACCUUGGCGACAACCGGCAGCUGCGGACGCUGGCACCUGAGACCUUCCAGGGUCUGGUGAAGCUCCAUGCCCUCUACCUCUAUAAGUGUGGGCUCAGCGCCCUGCCGGCGGGCAUCUUCGGUGGCUUGCACAGCCUGCAGUACCUCUACCUGCAGGACAACCACAUUGAGUACCUCCAGGAUGACAUCUUUGUGGACCUGGUCAACCUCAGCCACCUGUUUCUCCAUGGCAACAAGCUGUGGAGCCUGGGCCAGGAUACCUUCCGGGGAUUGGUGAACCUGGACCGGCUGCUGCUGCAUGAGAACCAGCUGCAGUGGGUCCACCACAAGGCUUUCCACGACCUUCGCAGGCUGACCACCCUCUUCCUCUUCAACAACAGUCUCACUGAGCUGCAGGGCGACUGCCUGGCACCCCUGGGGGCCCUGGAGUUCCUCCGGCUCAACGGGAACGCCUGGGACUGUGGCUGCCGGGCGCGCUCCCUGUGGGAAUGGCUGCGGAGGUUCCGAGGCUCCAGCUCCGCCGUCCCCUGCGUGUCCCCCGAGCUGCGGCGUGGCCAGGACCUGAAGCUGCUGAGGGCCGAGGACUUCCGGAACUGCACAGGGCCAGCGUCCCCGCACCAGAUCAAGUCGCACACGCUCACCACCACUGACAGGGCUGCCCGCAAGGAACACCACCCACCCCACGGCCCCGCCAGGGACAAGGGCCACGCACAUGGCCGUCUGCCCGGCUCCCGGCUGGGCCACAAGAAGCCGGGAAAGAACUGCACCAGCCACAGGAACCGCAACCAGGUCUCGAAGGCCGGCGCCGGGAAGCAGGCCCACGAGCUGCAGGACUACGCCCCCGACUACCAGCACAAGUUCAGCUUUGACAUCAUGCCCACGGCACGGCCCAAGAGGAAGGGCAAGUGUGCCCGCAGGACCCCCAUCCGUGCCCCCAGUGGGGUGCAGCAGGCCUCCUCAGGCAGUUCCCUGGGGGCAUCGCUCCUGGCCUGGAUACUGGGGCUGGCAGUCACUCUCCGCUGAGGACUCAAGGAGCCAGCACCCAGCACUGCCACAUGUCCACCAAGGAACAGAAUUUCUUUUCUUUUUUUAACAAGUGGAGGAUCUGCUGGGUUUCAGGCAAAGGCUGGUAGAGGCUUUGGCUGCUGUCUGGGCCCUGCCCGGUGGAUUAUAAACCCAAAGUGUACAGCCCCAAGCAGGAGGGAAUUAGCGCAUCUCACCCAGCGUCCCAGCCAGCCCCCGCCGAGCACCCACGGACAGCACCCAUCCAGCAAGGCGGUUCAAGUGCGAAAAGUGAAUCCUUCCUUAGCAGCCAUGGGACAGUGCCCCACGGGAGCCAGGCUAUGUGGAAUCUUGGUCAUCUGGAGAGGUCUGAGGGCCCCCACCACUCCCGGAGGAAGCAGGACCCAGAGGAGAACAGACGAGGCUCCCCCAAGGGGCUGGGCCGACCAGCCGUCUGGGAGCACAUGAGCAGGUGGUAUUUUGGCUCUUGCUUGAGGCCACUUAGUCAACCUGCGCUGAAUCUAGCCGUUUGCCACCUUCAGUCCCUCCCUUGGGGGUAACGCCUCUCAUUCCUGAUGUCUCAGGCAACCCUGGCAGACCCAGGCCCAGCUGCUGGGCUCCAAGAACCAACUACCAAAGGAAAGAUCAUCAGAGGCUGAAAUUGAGAACUUCAUCCUGUUCCAUGAGGUUCUCAGAGGAGGUGCAGUUUUCUAACUACGUCCACUUAUAUAUAUAUAUACACUCUCUACAUAUAUAUAUACACAAAUGCACAGGUCCCCCGCCCCGCUCCCUUACAAAACUGUAUGUCUUCUCAUGUUUGUAAACUAUAUGGAAAACUAUAUCUGAUGAACUAAGGAUUGUAUUGGUGAUUCCUAGCAAGAAAAGAGUUAUAGGAUUUUUGUCUAGAAUCUCAACCUGGCAACAAUAGUCCCCAUGUAACCUGGGCUUGCCAGGGCCUGGGGCAAAGGGUCAGUGGGGAGGGUCAGGGAGAAGGGGAGGCAGCAAGAAUCACUUCAGGGGACCAAUAUUCUUAGCUAUUUAGAGCAUCACCAUGUUUUAAUAUGCAACCCAAGCCUGUCUGCCGCCCCAGAGCACCCCAUCACCCCCACUAUGGUAGCUGUUGGCGUCAGGGUGAGAAGUGAGAAGCUUGUUGGAUGUCAGGGAGCCAGGCCCUGGGGACGGGCUGGAUGGAGAAGGUGAAGGAAGGGGCUUUGGGUCUUUUAAGCUGACGGGCAAGGAGGCAUCCACAGUGUUAGUCCAAUGGGCUGGGCAGUGUCGUCAGCCUAGGGUUUUGCCAGCGAUGGUCUGGACAGGCCAGGGAGACUCUGGGCAUGAGCCCAGGCCUCCAGCAUGGCUCAGCUGCUGAAUUUUUCCUUGAGGCUCUUUGAUGGGCAUCCCAGUGAGGGCCUUAUGUAGGGUGGCAGGAGAGAAAGCGUCAGGUGGCCUUAGCAGAAGGGGAACAAAAAGGGAAUUUUCAAGAACCAUCUCAGGCACUUCUGCAUUACGGAGGCCCUGUACCCUCCUGGCUCUUAUGAAGAUGCCCGGGGAUGGGCAGAGGUCACGGGGCCAGACUCAGGGUCAGGAGCAGGGAUGUGCAGGGAAUGGAGCAGGCAAGCCCAGACAGGGAACAGGGUCUCCGGUCAAGGUUGGCCAUGCUGCUGGCCAGGGCCCUGGGCGAGCAUAAUCUCCUUUGCGCUUUGCACAAACCUGAAUUCCCCACCAGAGAGGAUGUAUGUGAGGAGCAAGAAACACUGAAUCCAAUUAAGAGAGAAAAAUAAUAAUUAAAAAAAUUUCUCUUG